UGCUGUCAACGUGUAAUUACCACUACUAUUUACAUAUAAUUGAUAUUCAGGUGAAACCGUCAACUGGAAGAUAGACAGUGAAUUGCCGGCUCUAUCCAGGGAGUCAGACUCUGGAUCGACUGAUCAUAUUACAUGAUUAGUACGACAUAUCACUGAUUAAUGACGUCGGAAUACAAGCCAGGCGAGAUAGUGGUACGGACCAGGCUAGAGAAACAUGUGAUAAAAUGGUUCACCUUAAUAUACAGCUCGGAGUACUAAGUCCGCCAGAAUUCUUGACACACCUGUGGAGAGUACCUACUAACAAAUGGGAGAUCACCAGUAUAAAUUACUUGUUGUGUUACUUGUGCACUAUGUUCUCAGGCCGUCCAUGGUUACCUCCACCACGUGUUCCAGCAGGUGUGCCAGUACAGCCCAUCACGUCGUCCACACCUGUCCCGACGCCCUAGCACAGAUCAUACCCACGUGCGUUUAUGAGACCGACCCGGCAGGAACAUGUCUUUUGUCGUUGAUAACCGACUCAUCGUUAAUCUUUGAUGUCAGCAUCAUCAAUCCCCCUGAAUUCGUGAACAGACUGGGCGGAUAUUUUCAAUUUAAUAGAAACAACGCAACACAAAUACUACUAGAACUGCAGCAUCCAUUGGACGUAGAGACCGUCUACCUUAAUACAAAUAUUACCACGAUGGACAUUCAGUUGACUGUAUCCUGUACAAACGAUUCACAAACUAUGGAGUCUGUGACGCUGAAUUUGACUGCUGUUGAUGACGACGACAAUGGUCCUUCGUUCAGUCAGACCGCUGAUAGCACAUGUCUUCUUCCCGCCUUUACUGCGUCUGCGCAUGAAGAAUACAUCGGUCCGUUGACGACACAUCCGAGCGGCAUGUUUGUUACUGACGGAGACUUCGUCACGAACAACGACAUCGUGUUAUCCUUCCUACAUGGUAAUCCACCCGAUUUCAGUAAGUUCUUUGCUGUUGACAUGUUAACAAAUACCAUCAACAAGACGUCUAACAUGUCCUCCGGUGAUCCUCGGGACUACACCUUCAUUAUCCAGGCCAAAGAAAAGUCUGCCGUAGGACGCAGUAUGGUUGCAGUUCUAAGCGUUGGUAUUGAGUCUGGCUAUCCUGCUGUAACGAUGAGGGAACAUAAAGCAGACGAGAGCGUUAAAUUAGUUUUGCAGGUUCUUAGUGCCACCGUUCUUGUUGGAUUUAGCAUUGGAUUCGUAAUUCUUAUAUGGCAUAGAAACAGGCGCGUGAAACCCGCGACAAAACAAGAAGACACAAAGCAGAGUGUCAUCGAGUGUCUCAAAUCUAAUAUUAUCGACGAAGCCCAUGAUGCGGAAAGUAAAUUCCCUUGUGCAAAACGGACAGAAUGGACUCUGGAAUCCAUUGACGAAGAACCUGAACAGAUGUAAUAGUGACGAUCUUCACAUCUAGCGUAUGGUAGCUGACGUACGUGGUGUCGCCAUUCGUGCAAACAGGACUAACAGCCAGUCGGAAUGCCCGUUUAACACUUCGUUAACGCUCUUUCUUAUACUCGUAUUCCUCACGACCAAUCACUGCUGUGUCAAUUCGACGAGUUAAACCGGGACAGGAGGUUGUGAAAGUGUUUUCGGUUGCAUGGAAAUUAAAGUAGAACAUUGUAGGGUAUCUACAUAUCAAUAUAUAACUAAAUAUUUCACUUGAGAUAGACUAUGUAAUUGUGUAUAUUGUUUCAUCAUCAUCAUCAUCAUCAUCAUCGUCAUCAUCAUCA